GUACAUACCAGGGACAGUGGACAGGAGGGAUGAGACAUGGCUAUGGUAUGCGACAAAGUGUUCCUUAUGGCAUGGCGACUGUGAUCCGUUCACCCCUCCGGACAUCUCUAGCUUCACUCCGUAGCGAGCAGAGCAAUGGCACUGUUCUACAUGAUAUUACUGCAGACAGUCCAGCUGGAACUAGAGGAGGGUUUGUGUUGAAUUUUCACAGUGAUCUCGAUAGUAUUGGUAGUAAGAAAAAAGGAGGCCUGUUCAGAAGAGGAUCUCUUCUUGGUAGUAUAAAACUUAGAAAAUCUGAAUCAAAAUCAUCUAUUUCUAGCAAACGUAGCUCUGUCAGGAGUGAUGCUGCCAUGAGCAGGAUUAGUUCUAGUGAUGCCAAUUCUACCAUUAGCUUUGGAGAUAUGGACUGUGAUUACUCUCCAGUAGAAGACCACGUUGAUGCUACCACCACAGAAACCUAUAUGGGUGAAUGGAAGAAUGACAAGCGUAAUGGUUUUGGUAUUAGUGAGCGUUCAAAUGGUAUGAAAUAUGAAGGAGAGUGGCUAAACAACAAGAGACAUGGAUAUGGAUGUACCAUGUUUCCAGAUGGCACCAAGGAAGAGGGAAAGUAUAAAAACAAUGUUUUGGUCCGUGGAAUAAGGAAGCAGCUUAUACCAAUAAGGAACACAAAAACUAAAGAAAAAGUGGAGCGAGCACUUGAAGGUGCCCAGCGUGCAGCUGCCAUGGCUAGAACUAAAGUGGAAAUUGCAACCUCCAGGUAG